UUCUAUCUACAAUAUAUACAGUUUCUCUGUGUUACUGUGCAUCAUUUUGAUGAUUGUGAUAGCAAUUCCAAUCCUUCGUCUCUCUAGAUUUUUUACUGUUCCUAUCAUUUUCAUCGUUGUCUUUUCUGGGUUCUUGGAACCCUAGCUGGUUUCGAUCGAUUUGUUUGGAUCUUGGGAACAUUCGGGUUGAGUAAAAGGUUUGAUUUUGAUUUCUGGGUCUGCUUCUUUCUGUCGAUUGAUGUGUGAGAUGCUGUUUGGUUGCGUAGUAAAUGCAGGAAAAUGAGGAGACUUUCGAGCUUCUUGGUCGGAUUUUGUGCUCUGGAUCUAUGUCGUGACUUAGUUGGAUUUGAUUUUGGGAGUGAUCUAGGUCAAGGAUCAUCACUGAGUUACAGAUCCGAAAUCCAAUACCUUUUCACUUUCUGAUUUUGGGUUUUUUCUGAAUCUCCUCCCUUCCAACCAUUGUAUAAGAGAUGCAUCUAAAUUGGUAUUUCUCCUUCGUGUCUACUCAACGUUGAUUCGUUUUGUUUCCGGGUGCUUGGAGUUAGCCCGUAGCUUUCACUCCCUUUCUUCCCAACUAACGCUGGUGGCUCUGUAUGAGAUUUGAGUCUGUAGGAGAAGUACUGAUUCAAGAAUCCAAUCCGUAUUUUUUCUGGCUUUCGCUUUAUGGUGUUCUCUUACCCCUUUGUCUCAGUUGCUAGUACUGCUCUCCUAUGUCGGUGAUAGGUUUUGAGAAGCCAAUUCUUUUGGUGGACAUGAUGUAAAGCAGAGUAGAUGCUUAACUAGCUGAUGUUAUUUUUUCGGUAGAUUGUCUUCAUCUUCAGAUUUAAGUGGACCCAAAUGGCAACAGCUAGUAAUAAUCCAUCUGGAAGACCAUGUGGAGGGAAAUCAAAUGAUGCUUUAUAUAGGGAGUUAUGGAAUGCCUGUGCUGGACCUCUUGUAACCUUACCUUGUGAAGGCGAGCGUGUUUACUACUUCCCAGAAGGUCAUAUGGAGCAGCUCGAGGCAUCGAUGCACCAGGGCUUGGAGCAGCAAAUGCCUUCGUUCAAUCUUCCGUCUAAGAUUCUCUGUAAAGUCAUCAAUGUUCAGCUUAGGGCUGAACCUGAAACUGAUGAAGUUUAUGCUCAAAUAACCUUGUUCCCAGAAGAAGAUCAAAGUGAAGUUACAAGCCUAGAUGCCGCAGUCCCGGAACCAGAAAAGUACACAGUACAUUCAUUUUGCAAGACACUGACUGCUUCAGAUACAAGCACACAUGGUGGAUUCUCUGUUUUACGAAGGCAUGCUGAUGAUUGUCUUCCUCCAUUGGAUAUGUCCCAACAACCACCAUGGCAGGAACUGGUUGCAACUGAUUUGCAUGGAAAUGAAUGGCAUUUUAGGCACAUUUUCCGCGGCCAACCGAGGCGGCAUUUACUUACUACUGGGUGGAGUGUAUUUGUGAGCUCAAAAAAACUAGUGGCUGGUGAUGCUUUCAUAUUCUUAAGGGGUGAGAAUGGGGAGCUCCGGGUCGGUGUUAGGAGGCACAUGAGACAACUGACCAAUAUGCCAUCCUCUGUUAUCUCAAGUCAUAGCAUGCAUCUUGGGGUGCUUGCUACUGCUUCUCAUGCCAUGACCACCGGAACUAUCUUCUCUGUCUUCUACAAGCCAAGGACAAGUAGGUCAGAGUUCAUUGUGAGUGUCAAUAGGUAUCUUGAAGCUAAGAACCACAAGUUGUCUGUGGGGAUGCGUUUCAAGAUGAGAUUUGAGGGCGAGGAAGCUCCUGAAAGAAGGUUCAGUGGCACAAUUGUUGGUGUGAAGGAAAAUAAAUCCACCGUAUGGUCUGAUUCAGAAUGGAGAUCGCUAAAGGUUCAAUGGGACGAAACUGCAUGUGUAUUGAGGCCGGAAAGAGUUUCGGCUUGGGAAAUUGAGCCCUUAGUUGCGGUAAAUACGAAUCCUUCCACGAAUUCUCAGCCACCACAAAGGAACAAACGGUCAAGACCUCCUCCUGGCAUGUGGAAAUCCUCUGCAGAAACUCAAUCUUCGAGGCCGUUUUUUUCUCCUCCUUCCAAGACUUCUCCUUUUGUCUUUGGUGGCAACAUAUCACAUGGUGUGGUAUCAAGUGGCUCAGCCUUUUGGCCCAACCGGGUAGAUAGUGCAGUUGAAUCUGAAGCUUCAGCCUUUAACAAAGAAUCCACCGUGAAAAAGAAACAGGCUACUGGAAAUGUCUGCCGGCUUUUUGGAAUAGAGUUAUUCGAGAAUGGUAAUGCGGAAGAGUGUUUCUCCACGGCGUCUGUGUCAGGAGCAGCUCUGGUCGAUCAACCUGUCCUGUCUAAUGAGUUUGACUCUGACCAGCCAUUGGAUGUCAACCGAUCCGAUCUUCCUUCUUCGGGAAGUGAUCAUGAGAAAUCCUCACAGAGAUCUCCUCAGGAGCUGCAAAGCAGGCAGAUACGUAGCUGCACGAAGGUGCACAUGCAAGGCAGUGCAGUAGGGAGAGCGGUUGAUUUGACGAGAUUGGAGUGUUACAAAGAUCUGUUCAAGAAGCUGGAAGAGAUGUUUGACAUUGAAGGUGAACUCUUAGAGUCCACGAAAAGGUGGCAGGUUGUAUACACUGAUGAUGAGGAUGACAUGAUGAUGGUCGGUGAUGAUCCAUGGCAUGAAUUCUGCGGAAUGGUGAGAAAGAUAUUCAUCUAUACAACGGAGGAAGUGAAGAAACUAUCAGCAAAGAUAAAGUUUGCUGAAAGGGGGGAAGCAGUGCUGCCGUCAAAAGCAUGUGGGGAGGAGGAGACAGGGAACAUGGAGGACAGGUCGUCAUCGGUAGUUGGAUCGUAGAUGCUUACUGUUAUGCUCCAACUGCAGUUUCCACUUUGAGGUCUUAGGAAAAGGGUAAGUAAGUAGCAGAGUGAAGGAAAUAAGAGGGAGAGAGAGAGAGGGGUUCUUGUUUUGUGUACAGCAAAUGCCAAUGAAGCAGCGGUGAUGACUGAGAGAAACAAAAGGGGUUGUUGGGUUUAAGUCUCUCUAAGUGUUUUCUUUCUUCUCAACUUUGAUCUGUUCCUGUGAGAGUAAGUAAUGGAUGGAGUGGUGCUCUUUCACUUGUAAGUUUUGGACACAACUGUGUUGUGGAUUAAUGCAAAAGGUUUUAUUUUAUCUU